CCAUUUUAUACGAAAGUAGAUGUAUCCCGUCACCGACCAUCGUAGAAUAUAUCACAUGGAUCCACACCUAGUCCACUACAACUACGAUAUGUGUAUGAUGAAUUAUCAGCCGACUGUAGAAGGCAUAGCAAAUGUUGAUUUCAUAGAAAGCAAAAUGAUGCAAAAUGGCAUGGACGCAGUGCCCCAACAGAACGGCACUAUGCACACAAAUUCGUCAACGUCUUCAUCUUCAAAUUCACACAAUUCCUCUUCGCAAACUAAUACGGGUGGACAACAAGAAGAAAGUAAGACGAAUUUGAUUGUCAAUUAUCUGCCACAGACAAUGACCCAAGAAGAAAUCCGCUCCUUGUUCUCGUCUAUCGGUGAAGUUGAGAGCUGUAAACUCAUCCGUGACAAAGUUACAGGACAAAGUCUGGGAUACGGAUUUGUGAACUACCAUCGACCUGAAGAUGCAGAGAAGGCCAUUAAUACUCUGAAUGGCUUGCGGUUACAGAAUAAGACCAUAAAGGUUUCAUAUGCACGGCCAAGCAGUGAAGCCAUCAAAGGAGCAAACCUGUAUGUCAGUGGGCUGCCAAAAAACAUGACACAGCAGGACUUGGAAAAUCUGUUCAGUCCAUAUGGCAGGAUAAUUACUUCACGAAUUCUUUGUGACAAUAUCACUGAAACCAGCGAAAAAACAAGCAGUUCCGAGCCAGAAUCCAUGGAGCCUACUUCCUUAACGCUCCGCCAAUUUGUCAGUGGAGCCGGAGACAGUUUACCCUGUCUGUCUAAGGGUGUUGGCUUCAUUAGAUUUGACCAACGUAUUGAAGCUGAACGUGCAAUCCAGGAACUUAAUGGCACUGUUCCAAAAGGUUCCACAGAAGCCAUCACAGUGAAAUUUGCAAAUAAUCCAAGCAACAACAACAAAGCAAUCCCUCCUUUAGCAGCUUACUUAGCUCCUCAAGCUCGGCGAUUUGGCGGACCGAUUCACCACCCGACGGGGCGCUUCAGGUACAUUCCACUGUCACCACUCUCCAGCCCGUACGGACUGCCGCUGUGGCCUGAUGCAAGAGACUGCACUGGCAAGACCAUGCUAGCCAUAAACAAAGGCUUACAGAGGUAUUCACCGCUAGCUGGAGAUCUGCUUGCCAAUUCAAUGCUACCAGGAAAUGCUAUGAAUGGCUCGGGAUGGUGCAUCUUCGUGUACAACUUGGCACCGGAAACAGAAGAAAAUGUCCUGUGGCAGCUGUUUGGCCCAUUUGGUGCAGUACAGAGUGUUAAAGUUAUUAGAGACCUCCAAACCAACAAGUGCAAAGGUUUUGGCUUUGUAACGAUGACAAAUUAUGAUGAAGCUGUAGUAGCUAUCCAGUCACUAAAUGGAUACACUUUGGGAAAUCGUGUCUUGCAGGUGUCGUUCAAAACAAACAAAAGCAAAACCACAUAAGUGGCUGAAAGAACUUGUACAGCUGCUGUCACAUUGGCUGCUGUAGUGCAUUUUGCGUGACCGUGCUAGUCAUAAGCUGAAGCAGGUGAGAAGGCUGCACUUGUUUAAUAAUGAUCACUCUAUGAAACCAGGAAUUGUGGACCUAAUAAUUGUUGGCGAUUAGUCCAUUUGGUUGCUGGAUUUCCAUUAUCCUCCCUGUUCAUCCUUGUUCCCUUUCCCCAUCAGCCAUUCCAAUCCCUGUGUUCUUCGCAGUUCCAUAGAGUUUUUAGUGUCCUUUCUGAAAUAAUUUUUGGAACAAAUGCAGCUUUCCAGAAGGGUUAACUUUCCAGGUGUAUUAUGGUUUUAUUGCCCAGUAAUAUACUUGACUAUAACUGAUAAAACGCAGCCAAUUUUGAGCUAGUCAAGACUAGUGCAAGUCAUGUGUUUCCUAAAGAAAGGUGUAUGAGGAGCAAAGUGGCAUUUUAUAAAAUCCUCCUCAUUCUCCUUGGUGGCAAUUCUAGACAUUUUAUUGUGUAAUUUAUUAAAUAUUUUAAUCGGUAAUGUUACUCAAGCUGUGUGCAAACUGGACAUUCGAUACUUCAGUGUCCAGCAUUGCAAGCCAAAGAAUAUGUUGUAAACUAUAUCUUAAGAUAUAUGAAGCAGCUAUUAAUGCUAUCAUUUUGUAGGAAUAUACAAAAUAUGAAAUUUCUCAUU